AUGUAUCCCUCCCAUCACUCAGCCUCCCUGUCCCAUAGACUACAGUAUAAAGAGUCCCAUCACUCAGCCUCCCUGUCCCAUAGACUACAGUAUAUAGAGUCCCAUCAUUCAGCCUCCCUGUCCCAUAGACUACAGUAUAUAGAGUCCCAUCACUCAGCCUCCCUGUCCCAUAGACUACAGUAUAAAGAGUCCCAUCAUUCAGCCUCCCUGUCCCAUAGACUACAGUAUAUAGAGUCCCAUCAUUCAGCCUCCCUGUCCCAUAGACUACAGUAUAUAGAGUCCCAUCACUCAGCUACCCUGUCCCAUAGACUACAGUAUAUAGAGUCCCAUCAUUCAGCUACCCUGUCCCAUAGACUACAGUAUAAAGAGUCCCAUCACUCAGCCUCCCUGUCCCAUAGACUACAGUAUAUAGAGUCCCAUCACUCAGCUACCCUGUCCCAUAGACUACAGUAUAUAGAGUCCCAUCACUCAGCCUCCCUGUCCCAUAGACUACAGUAUAUAGAGUCCCAUCACUCAGCCUCUCUGUCCCAUAGACUACAGUAUAUAGAGUCCCAUCACUCAGCUACCCUGUCCCAUAGACUACAGUAUAUAGAGUCCCAUCACUCAGCCUCCCUGUCCCAUAGACUACAGUAUAUAGAGUCCCAUCACUCAGCCUCCCUGUCCCAUAGACUACAGUAUAUAGAGUCCCAUCACUCAGCCUCCCUGUCCCAUAGACUACAGUAUAUAGAGUCCCAUCACUCAGCCUCCCUGUCCCAUAGACUACAGUAUAUAGAGCCAGAAGGCUGCUGUUCUUUGUUCUGUCUUCAGUGGAGUUGGACUAGGAAGUACAGACAGGACAUUGUUUUAUUUCAUGAAUUCACACACAUCCUUCCCUCUGUCCUUCAUUCCUCAAGGUGUUCACUGAAGAAAACUAUAUGAUGUAACUGGAAACCUGCCCAAUUCAGUCACAGUAUUAAAGGAAGGAAAUCUGCUUUUAUUUUAUGUGUUGUAAGGGGGGCCCCUACGAUUCCUCUUUUCUUUAAGGGCUGAGAGUCCUUUUAGUUUUUCUGGGGAUGGUGAAACACACCGAAGGGAAGAGUUUAAUUGGUUAGGAAUCGAUCCAGAAGGACAAUGCAGUAGGUGAUUUACCAGACAGAUAUAAUCCCAUAGAUGGUGCUGUUUUUUUUUUUUACAUUUCUUUUAAUUGGAAGAACAGUUGUCAUCACACAGUCAUUUCUUAUGAUUAAGAAAAGGUUUGGUAAAGAGACAGAAAUGGCUGCUGGUUUGUAACUCGCUAACUAAACGCAGGUUUACCGGGUGGUGGAUCUCAAAACCUUUUUACAAUUAUGGCUGCUUAACAAAAUGAAUAUCGAUUUGUCUUGUUUUGCCCUUGUUUUUUUUUUAUCAUUCCUAUUUAUGUGGGGACCUACAAUGAAUAAAUUAAAAUGUAUUUUUCUGAAAGGAAUGUUAAUGCAUAGCAACAACAACAAAAAGUUAACUGUAAUGUGUUUACGUUUGCUCUUUUAUUUCUAGAAAUUAUUUGUCAGGGCCAAGAAAAAAACACGGUUCACUUUUGACCGUUUUUCAAACUGUAAAUCUAACUGUUGUGUACAGUAUUAAGGCAGUGGGACAUAGAAGUUGAUCGGCUCAUCGUUUGAAUGUAUCCAUUGUCUUCUUACGAACUUCAGACCUCUCUGGGAAAUAAAAAGCGAGAUGUUUUGAUGCCUUGAAACUUAA